UAAAAAUAAACAAUUUACAUCAAACCGGCCGCUUACGAUGUUAGUGAGAGGCCGUAUUGCAUGCAUCGAUCAGCGAAAAAAAGCGAGUUUGAUUGGUUCUUAGCGCUGCCAACCCCCCCAGCCACGGUAUUUUUUGCGGUUUCUGUAGGAACAAACCGCGCGCCCCCGGUAAGCUUCUUCCGCCGCACCAUUCUGCCCAUCUGCACUUCUUGUUUUCGCUAGUGUUUUUUCCCGACUCUUCAACCUCAAAUCUGGGGGUUGACGAUUGUUUCUAGUUGUUUACUGGUUUUUAAUCGGUGGGAUAUAGUUGCACUUUUGUGCACUGAUUCGGGAUCCCCCUUUUUUGCCUGGAUAAGAGCGAUAUUAUCGAGGCUCAACUUGAGCUGCUCGCGUAUCUACGAGUGCUCGCCGGAGAGACAAUCCGCAUUCCAACACUCUCGACUCGGCCAAGGACUUUCCAAUCACCAUGGCGCCGGCGGUGGUGAGUGCCGGCACAGGCCUUACCGGCACAGCGACCGUCAAUGUCAUCGACACCGACAAAUUCCCGGCAGAUGGGCCUCUCCUCCAGGGAGCCCGCGUCUUUGCCCGACUCGCCAAGCGAACCAAUGAUCCAUCCAAGGGCGUUCUCGACCCUCACGACAUCAACAACGUCGGCUUCUUCUUCCUCUUCGCGCUCAUCGGCAUUGCCUUUGUCGCCACUGGCAUCUGGUUCUUCUUCUAUGCCAAGAACGGCGGCAUUGUCUUCAAGGAUAACGAUUGGGACGACUACAAGUCUACGGUUUUGCGUCGCAGGGGACCCAACGGCACGGUUCUCUCGGGAGCCACCGAGUCGACUGAUCUGGGAGGCGGCAGCGUUUACAAGCGAUACGACGACCAUGACGAUGAUGACCGGAGAACCGCAAUCACGGACAGCACGUACUUGACUGGCAUUACUGCGGGCGCGAGUGACAUUUUCGCCCGCGAGAAGCGCAAGAAGAAGAAGGAGGCCCGCGAGGCUGAACGCAGAAAGCGACGCGGCGAGAAGGGCAAAUCGACUGAGGGUACUGCAUUCGAGGGCGUCCAGGAUGAAAAGGCGGAGCGCGAGGCCAAGAAGCUUCUGCGCAGCUACCGUCACGAAAAGGCGGCUCGCGUUGGUGGAAUCAACAAGGAGGCCGAAGGCUCGGAGUGGGAAGGUUCCACGAACGCGGCUGAGUCUUCCGUCGGAGCCACGUCAGAACUGCUUGCGAACCAGGAACCCACGCCUACCUCGGAGCCUCCCAAGACGUCUGCUCCCCCCAAGUCGACGCCCAAGAGCGGAGGCAUUCGAAAGGUGUACUCGACUGCGGACCGGAGAGAGAGCAAGGAGGCGGAGCGGGAGCGUGCCGAGGCCCGAAGACUGCGGGCCGCCAACAGGGUUGCUCAGCGGGACUUUGGAUACCAGAGAGCGGCGGGCGCGGUGACGAACAGCCAGCUGAGCGAGAGUCUGCUCUCGGGUAGUGGUACCGGCGAUUCGACGACGCUUGGUGAGAGUAGUAUUCCUGAGGAGGAGAGCGAGGUUGGCACCAAGAGCUACCACCAUCCCAUGCCGGAGCUGAAGGAGCAGAGGCGGAGGGAGAGAGAGGAGCGCAGGGCGAGGCGCAGCAAGAGCGGAUACCGACGUGGAAAUACGGAUGAGAAUACCGAUGUUUAAAGGGGGGCUGGGAUUGAUGACGGCGGGAUGAGAUUUACUUGAAGGGCUGACUCGCUUUUUCCUUUUUUGUAAAGCGUUUUGGGUCUUUUGCUGGGUUUUCACGCGGGAUAUUUGGGUUUUUUGAUGAGGGAUUGGGAUGGAGGCGGUAUUAAAUGUCUUUUUUUUUUGUUUCUCUUUCUUUUGUUAUGCAGGCAUGUAGAUAUGAAGAUGAGAUGAGAUGAGAUGCACGGUAUGAGGGGAGGGUUUGGGUGCAGAAAGUGAGUAACGCAAUGGGACAUGAAUGAAGUAUGCGAUAGUCGAUAGCCUUUUGCCGUAUGAAUACAUGUAUAAUGGUAUUUGAUUAUUUUUUCAAUAUUAAGC